AUGCCCUCCAGUCUUAUUUCAAUUCCCGCCGACUCCGACGCUACGGCCAAGAUGAAAAUUGCGGCGUCCCAGCCAGGCACUUGCGCUGUGGACUCGAGCUUCCUGUAUGCUUUCACCCAUGCAGAAGAGAAGAACGAGGGCGAGCAAGGCGCCGUCUACGUCAACCCGAUCCUGAAAUGCUCCACCUCGUGCCUUAGCAACCGGAGCCUCAAGAUGUGCAUCGAGUCACUUGGAAAUGAGACUGGCAGCGAUGUUGGUGACAGCAAAGCCCUGCUCCCCUCGCCUGGAGGAGUUAGCGGCAACCAUCACACGGCAAUUCGGAUGGCAAGGAAGAGGCUGAGCAGGAGCGGCUCAUUCCCGCCGCCACUGACGUCGGCUGGCAGCUCCAUGGGUGUCCAGAUGAGGUCCCGCCGGGAGGGGGGAAGGCUAGUGGUGGAGGCAGUGGCAGUGUCGUCCCACCGCAGCUUCUUCCACGUGGACCGGACCCACGGCCACGUCCGGCUUCGCUUCAUGGAGGAGAGCGAUGCCCCCAAAACCAUCUUGUGA